AAACUAUUUCAGACAUGGACUCAUCUGUCAGCUGCAGCUGGGUGGCUGCGCUCCUCGGCCUCCUCUGUCUGGGGCUGGAGGUUCGGUGUGACUGCACAAUGGCCAGUAUAGACAUGGAAGGCGGUGAUUACACGUUGACCAAAGACUUGCUGAAAGGCAGCCUGCUGGUCUACCGCUGUCCUGAAGGUUACUAUCCAUACCCCACCCUGACCCGCGUGUGUCAGCCCAGUGGGUCCUGGAGACCUUUACCCAAAAAGUUCCUCCCACAGCGAUGCAAACGUGUUGAGUGUCCAGAUCCCAACGUGAUGGAGAAUGGGGACAUCUCUCCUCCUCAGGAGAGGUACUUCGCAGACAACGAGACCAACUACGAGUGCUACUCUGGAUACACGCUGAGAGGCUCCUCCAAACGGACCUGUCUGCCCAACGGGAAAUGGAGCGGUUCCACACCCAUCUGCAGCCGAGACUCUGGAGAUACAUGCGCUGAUCCUGGCAUCCCGCCUGGCGCCUCCAGAACAGGAAACAUGUUUGGAAUCGAUGACAAAGUGACCUACAGCUGCAACAGUAACCUGUUCCUGGUGGGCUCCAAAGAGAGGGUGUGCCAGGAGAGCGGCCAGUGGACGGGCAAAGAACCAGCGUGCUACUACAAACACACGUACGACACGCCAAACGAGGUGUCCCAAGCAUUUGGAAGUGCAAUCAAAGAAAGCCUCACCACCAUGGAGUCUCUGAACGACACACAAGAAGGAAGAGUUAUCAGGAUUUCUAAAAGUGGGAUCCUCAACAUCUACAUCGCUGUGGACAUUUCUGAGAGCAUCAAGGAGGAACAGUUUAAACAAGCCAGAGAUGCCAUGAUCAAGCUCAUCCAAAAGAUUGCAUCCUUCAGCGUGUCACCAAACUACGAAAUCAUCUUCUUCUCCUCAGAAGUUUAUGAAGUUGUCAACAUUCUCGAUUUUUUUGAUUCCAAAGUAGAGCUGACAAAAGUCAUAGAGGACCUGGAGAAGUUUGAAGUAGGCGACAAAAACACAGGAACAGAUCUCAACCUUGCCUUCGUAAGGUUCGAGGAACAGAUGGCGUUUAUAAAGGAGCGGGCCGGACUUGAGGGUUUUAAAGAAUACCGCCACGUCUUGAUCAUGUUUACAGAUGGUGCUUACAACAUGGGUGGUUCUCCUAAACCCACUGUGGAGAGAAUCAAGAACAUGGUCUACAUGAACCCACAAAAUGUAUCCAGAGACGAAUUUCUUGAUAUUUAUGUUUUCGCCAUUGGGGCUGACAUUUUCGACGAUGACCUGCACCCUCUGACGGUGGGAAAAGGCGGGGAUCAUUACUUCAGGAUGAAAGACAUCCAAGAGUUAGGAGAAACCUUUGAUAAAAUAAUUGAUCAAACUGAAGUUGUGGGUCUGUGUGGUCUUCACCUGGAUUAUGAAAUAACUGAAGACAAAGAGAGCAAGAGGAAGAAAUAUCCUUGGUUUGCCUCAAUUAUUAACGUGGGACAACAUCCAAAGACGUGCAUCGGCUCUCUGGUGUCACCUGACUUUGUCCUGACUGCUGCUCACUGUUUCUCACCUAAAGAUGAACCUAAGGAUAUCAUUGUUGAGAUUGAAGAAGAAAAUAAUGCUAAAAGAGAGCAGCUUCUUCUAAAGAAUCAACGGGAACGACUCAGCUUCCUGACGAGGAAAACCCCCUUGGUGGCUGAAAAAGUUGUUUAUGCCAAGCUUGGAGAAAGUAGAAAUAUAUGCAUUCAAAAAGCACUGCUGGCUCCGGGCAUAAGCGUGACGGAUCCAAAGAUUGCUGUGACGGAUAACUUCCUGUGCACCGGAGGUUACAAUGGUGGCGAGCACAGAGAUCACAUCUCUUGUACAGGUGAUUCUGGAGGCGCCGUGUUCAAGAACUACAAGCUUCGCACAAUUCAGAUUGGGGUGGUGAGCUGGGGAACGCACCUGCUAUGUGAAACCAAUGACGGUCUGAUUGAGUCCAUUGCUGAAUCCAGAGAUUUCCAUAUAAAUCUGUUCAAAAUGAUCCCGUUCCUCAAGGGAAUCCUUGGAGAUGAUACUAAAGACUACGCACCGCUCAAGUUUCUGAACAGUUAAACGUAAAACUUUAAAAUGAUGUUUUGUUGCUCAAAUGUGACAUUCCUUUUUAAAAGAACAAAACUUUACUAAAUUGUCUUUAUUUGAUUAACCUUCUUCUAUCACUCAUUUACUUUUCCC